UACGGAAAAAGGACGCACUGUCACUGCACUGCCUCCCUCUUUGCUUCUUCUCUCCCCCAAUUUGACUACCACAUUGGAUCGGUAGAUAGCAAUAUGGUAGCUCUUUUCCUCCUCUUCCCUCUUCUUCUUCUUUCCGCCGCUCUCUCGUCGUCUGCCUCUUCUCUCGCUUAGAUAGAUCGAAUCAAUAGACUCUCCGGACGAUGGGAAGCCUCCCGGAGGAGGAGGAGGAGGAGUACGCGUCCGACCUCCAAAGCGACCGCUGCGGGAGCUACAGCCCCAGCGCCGAUGUCAGCGAGUCAGAGUCCUCCGGUGGCCUCUCCGACCGCGCCCCGCUCGCCGCCGCCGCCGCCUCCGCCCCCUUCGCCUCUUCGCCGCUCGCGGCGCUGCUGCCUGCCGACCCCCAUUUGGUGCUCUGGGAGCCGAAGUUGGAAAAGAGGGACACCGAUUUCUCGGAGGUGGAGAUGAUGAAGGAGAGGUUUGCGAAGCUUCUGCUCGGGGAGGACAUGUCCGGCGGUGGCAAAGGAGUCUGUACCGCGCUUGCCAUCUCGAAUGCCAUCACGAAUCUUUCCGCUACCGUGUUUGGGGAGCUCUGGCGAUUGGAGCCCCUGGCGGCGCUGAAGAAGGCAAUGUGGCGCCGGGAGAUGGAUUGGUUGCUAUGCGUGAGCGAUUCUAUCGUGGAGCUCAUCCCUUCCAUCCAAGACUUCCCUGGGGGCGGCACCUUCGAGGUGAUGGUCUCUCGUCCCCGAGCCGACCUCCACAUGAACCUCCCCGCGCUCAAGAAGCUGGACGCCAUGCUUAUCGGGAUGUUGGAUGGGUUCCAAGGUACUGAGUUUUGGUAUGUGGAUCGGGGGAUUUUGGUUGCUGAUGCAGACGAGGAUGGGAGCAGGUCCUGCCCGUCUUCAUCCUUUGGCAGGCCAUCGUUGCGCCAGGAAGAAAAAUGGUGGCUUCCGUGCCCAAGGGUGCCGCCCAAAGGCUUGUCGGAGGUCGCAAGGAAGAGGUUGCAGCAAUGUCGGGAUUGUGUGAAUCAGAUUCUUAAGGCAGCCAUGGCGAUUAAUAGUGGGGUGCUUGCUGAGAUGGUGAUCCCUGACGUGUAUAACGAGACCUUGCCUAAGAGUGGGAAAUCAUGUUUGGGUGAGAUAAUUUACCACUACAUAACAGCUGAAGAAUUUUCACCAGAUUGCCUUCUUGAUUGUUUGGAUCUGUCAUCUGAGCAUCAUACGCUUGAAAUAGCAAAUAGGAUUGAGGCAGCAAUUCAUGUUUGGAGGCUGAAAAGCCAAAAAAGACAUCCCCAACCAAAGGAAAAAAAGACGUCUUGGAGAGGAAAAGUGAAAGGCCUUGUUGCUGUCACCAGAAAAAGUCAAUUUCUGGCAGAACGGGCAGAGGGUCUCUUGCAAAGCUUAAAAAUUCAAUAUCCUGGACUUCCUCAGACAGUUCUAGAUAUGAACAAAAUUCAGUACAAUAAGGAUGUAGGGCAGUCCAUACUCGAGAGUUACUCCAGAGUCAUGGAAAGUUUGGCAUUUAAUAUCAUGGCAAGGAUUGAUGACUUAAUCUUUGUGGAUGAUGCAACAAAAAAAUGUGCAGCCGCGGAAGCUGUCUCUAUAUUCAACCGGGGAGGAAUGGGAGGACUUCCAGUUCAGAAAAGGAUGUCGCCCAGCCCCUUCUCAAUUCAGAAUUCACCUUAUGCCUCACCAUUUGCAACACCUACAUUUUGCUCUUCAACCCCAAUAACCGAAAGCCCUGGAAGGCUGCAAACUUCUUUAAGUAAGAGGAGUAUCCAGUUUCAACAAGAGGGAAAGAUGGCAAAGAUCAUCUCCGGUGACCUGGAGAAGUUGUGGUCAUACACUGGCAACCUGAGUGCCAGAAAAGAUGCAGGAGAUGCUCCCGAAAGGGACUAAUUCCAGAUAAACGAAUGCUCUUGCAAGAUUAGCAAAAGAAGCAUGAGACCCCAAGUCUGGUUGGUGGGUUUGGUUCUGUAUAGAUGUGCAAUUGAGGAUAUCAGGUUUUGUUUCGGAUUCAGACUUAGCUGCAGGUCAUAGUCUUGUUAGAUGUACUAGUAGUGGAACUGCAUUGUUGUUUGGAAGAAAAUUUGUGUUGUGAUCUGUUAGGUAUUUGAGGUUUUCCUCUUCGGAUGGUGUUCAGAUGGGUUAACAUGAGCAUGAACGAUGACCUUGGUCGAUUUAGCAUUGUAAAUUAAAAUAAGCUCUUCUCAUUUGUCA